GUCUUAUUGAAGUAAACAAGAGUGCUCGUGCUGUUUGAAGAGAACAUUAUAUGAUAUAAAUCACUACAUGCGGUGUUUGGAAAUGAGCAGGUUGCGAUCAGCGAUGCUCAAAGCAAAGAGAGCCGAAGUAGAGAUGGUAGAAACUGCAACACCAAAGCGGAAGAGGACAAAGACAGCCGUGAAAGAAGAGGAAAGCACGAAUGCCUCGUCCCCGUCCACACACCACACUUUCCAUGAUCCUGCCGACGUUGUGCUGCUGCGGUCUCAGCUCCUCGACUGGUACGACAAGGAGAAGAGAGAGCUGCCGUGGAGGACUCUGGCUGUGACAGAGUCAGACCUCAACAUCAGGACAUAUGCAGUGUGGGUAUCAGAAAUCAUGCUGCAACAGACCCAAGUUGCCACAGUAAUAGACUAUUACAACAAAUGGAUGAAGCGGUGGCCCACGGUGCAGGAUCUUGCAGCUACUACGCUCGAGGAGGUGAACCAGAUGUGGGCGGGUCUGGGCUACUACUCCAGAGGAAAACGACUGCAUGAAGGAGCGCAAAAGGUGGUGUCAGAGCUGGAGGGGCAGAUGCCUCGCACCGUGGACAGUCUGCUGAAGCAGCUGCCUGGAGUGGGUCGCUACACUGCUGCAGCUGUAGGCUCCAUUGCACUGGGUCAGGUAACUGGAGCCGUGGAUGGCAAUUUGAUCCGGGUGUUGUGUCGCCUGAGGGCCAUCGGCGCUGACAGCACGAGUCCUGCAGUAACACAAGCACUAUGGAGUUUAGCCAACACACUGGUGGACCCUGAGAGGCCCGGGGACUUCAACCAAGCCAUGAUGGAGCUGGGAGCACGGGUCUGCAGCCCAAAGGGCCCACAGUGCAGCCAGUGUCCCAUACGGUCUCACUGCCACUCUUUCCGCAAGGUUCAUGUCAAACAAGAGAAAAACUGCAGGAAGCUCUUAGGGAAGCAGGACAGGAAGCCGUCCAUGCCGCCUGAUAUAGAAGACUGUAUGAACAGCGGGACAUGUCCCCUGUGUCCCUCGGAGCCCUGGGACGAUGAGCUGGGUGUUCAGAACUUCCCCAGGAAGCCGGCAAAGAAGCCGCCACGAGUGGAGAGAACUCUCACCUGUGUGGUGAUCCGACCUGGAGAGCGGGGAGAGGGCGAGUUCCUGCUCACACAGAGGCCAAGCAAAGGUUUGCUGGCAGGUUUAUGGGAGUUUCCGAGUCUUCUGCUGGAGGAGAAGAGCUCAGAGAUGAAACAGAAGAGGGCUCUGUGUGCUCAGAUCAGUGAGAUACUGGGAACACAUCUGACAGAGAGCCUCCUCCAGUAUGUGGGAGAGGUGGUUCACAUCUUCUCCCACAUCCACCAGACAUACAUGGUUCACAGUGUGUGUGUGAAGGACGCUGACACACACACUCAGACUGAAAAGGUCCAGUGGCUCAGCAGGUCCGCUCUGCAGGAAGCUGCUGUGUCCACAGGAGUGAAAAAGAUUGUGAAGCUUUAUGAUUCUGUGGACGCUGAAAAAGAACAAACCUCUAAGGAUGGGAAGAGGCAGAAGCACGCCGCCACGAAGAAUGACAAGAAACCACAAGCAUCAAAAAAGCCCAAACUGAGUGCAGCUGACGGCGGCAGCAGACAGCUCUCCCUCAGCUCCUUCUUCAACACCGUCAAACAGGAAGCUUGAUGGUGCCGCGUGAAAGUCUCGUGCACGUGUGAUUUAUUUUCAAAGCAUCAGCCCUGCAGUGUUGUUACCACAUUAAAGCGUUAUUGUGCUCGCAUCACUUUUUAAAUUGUAAUUAAAUGAAGUAAAUUGCUCCUUUGAUGUUCCUGUAGGGACUUUUAUUGAAUCACUUGUUGUUUAUGACCUCAUAGAUAAUGUUUUUAUCACUAUAUUGUCAUGUUUUACAAGCAGUAUGUAAGAUGGCUGUCGUGUUUAUUUCCACAAUAAAAAAAUGUUUUCAUGCUACUGCUUUUAAUCCUCCAAUCAAGAUUUAGUAUCAGAA